CACCUUUUUCGCCGUACCCCGUUUCAGAAGAUGGCAGCCGCUGCUGUGGUGGACGGAGGAAACACACGCAGCAAAAAGUCCAAGCUGUAGAAGGAAUCGCACUCUUGUGUUCACCAUGCUGUCUGUGGUUAGAGCUGCUAGGCAGCAGUUUAUCCAAACGUUUGGGGUCGGGGGUCAAAGGGCAAAGUAUGUGUUCCCUGGCCUGGCCACCUUCCCUUUGCUCCAAGGGAAUCGCUGGCGAGGUGACAAAAGUGAGCUGAAGCGGCAGAUAAAGGCUGAGAAGAAGGCUGCAGAGAAGGAUGCUCGAGUCAAAGAACUCGUUGAGCAAAAGAAGAAAGCAGGAGAUACGGGAGAUCAGAAUCUUUAUGGAGCCGAGGAUGAGACGCUGGACCCCAAUCAAUACUUUGAGAUUCGCACCCAGGCAAUCCAGGACCUCAAGGGCACAUCAGAGGAUCCCUACCCUCACAAAUUCCACGUGGACUUGUCUCUGAGCGAGUUCAUUGAAAAAUACAACCACCUGCAACCAGGAGACCAUCUGACAGACGUCAUUCUAAAUGUGUCUGGCCGUGUCCAUGCCAAGCGUGCCUCUGGAGCUAAGCUGCUUUUCUAUGACCUGCGAGGUGAAGGGGUCAAGCUGCAGGUCAUGGCCAACUCCAGGAACUACAAGUCGGAGGAGGAGUUUGUUCGCAUCAACUCGAAGCUGCGGCGGGGUGACAUCAUCGGGGUGCACGGGAAUCCAGGGAAAACUAAGAAGGGCGAGCUGAGCAUCAUCCCCAAGGAGAUGACCCUGCUGUCGCCCUGUCUGCACAUGCUGCCUCACCUGCACUUCGGACUCAAGGACAAGGAAACCCGGUUCCGGCAGCGCUACCUGGACCUGAUCCUUAAUGAUUAUGUGAGGCAGAAAUUCAUCAUUCGGGCCAAGAUCAUCACCUACCUGCGCAGUUUCCUGGACCAGCAAGGCUUCCUGGAGAUUGAGACCCCCAUGAUGAACCUGAUCCCUGGGGGCGCUGUAGCCCGACCUUUUGUCACCUAUCACAAUGACCUGGACAUGAACCUGUACAUGAGGAUCGCACCAGAGCUGUACCACAAGAUGCUGGUGGUUGGAGGGAUUGACCGGGUGUAUGAGGUCGGGCGGCAGUUCAGAAACGAGGGCAUCGACCUUACCCACAAUCCCGAGUUCACAACAUGCGAGUUCUACAUGGCGUACGCCGAUUACCAAGACCUCAUGGAGAUCACGGAGAAGCUGCUGUCAGGCAUGGUGAAGCACAUCACUGGUGGGUACAAGGUUCAGUAUCACCCAGAGGGGCCAGAGGGGCCAGCCUUUGAGCUCGACUUCACCCCUCCCUUCAGACGGGUGAGCAUGGUGUAUGACCUGGAGAAAGAGCUGGGGGUCAAAUUCCCCCCACCUGACACUUACGACUCCAACGAGGCCCGUAAGUUCUUUGAUGAACUCUGUGCUCAGAAAGGAGUGGAGUGUCCACCUCCCAGAACCACAGCCCGUCUGCUCGACAAGCUGGUUGGCGAUUUCCUGGAGGUGACCUGCAUCAACCCCACCUUCAUCUGCGAUCACCCCCAAAUCAUGAGCCCUCUGGCUAAAUGGCAUAGAUCGCAGAAAGGUCUGACGGAACGAUUUGAGCUCUUUGUAAUGAAGAAGGAAAUCUGCAACAGCUACACCGAGCUGAACGACCCCAUCAAGCAGAGGGAGCUCUUUGAGCAGCAGGCAAAGGCGAAGGCAGAGGGCGAUAUUGAGGCCAUGUUCAUUGACGAGACAUUCUGCACUGCCCUUGAAUAUGGGCUCCCCCCCACCGCGGGCUGUGGCAUAGGCAUCGACCGUCUUACCAUGUUCCUCACCGACUCCAACAACAUCAAGGAGGUGCUGCUCUUCCCAGCCAUGAAACCUGAUGACCACAAGGCAGCCCCCCCUCCUGACGGAACGUCGGUAUAGCAGGGCUACCUGAUCUCUGCCUGGAGAGGAUUCACUGCAAGGAUUGUCCUUCAGCACAAAUCAUUGUUUGUCCUUCAGCACAAAUCAUCUGGUGUUUAGGGGUGGUGAAAGUUUAAGGGAAGGACUACUUUUUUAUAUUGUUUUUGAAACCGAGAAUGAAUAAAAGUUGCAAUAGGCA